CUUGGCUUAGAGGAGGGGCCAUGUGGGAUUACCUGCACGUGCAAGUUCAGCUGAGGUUGUGCCUGGCGGAGACCAGCUGCCCUCAAGAGGAUAAUUACCCCAGCAGUUUGUGCAUAAAAGUGAAUGGGAAACUUUUCCCAUUGCCGGGCUAUGCUCCGCCACCCAAAAAUGGGAUUGAGCAAAAGAGACCUGGGCGACCACUGAAUAUCACAUCGCUAGUUAGGCUCUCCUCUGCGGUGCCAAAUCAGAUCUCCAUUUCCUGGGCAUCUGAAAUUGGAAAGAGUUACUCGAUGUCUGUGUAUCUGGUGCGCCAGCUCACUUCGGCCAUGUUGUUACAGAGGCUGAAGCUGAAAGGGAUUCGAAAUCCUGACCAUUCAAGGGCAUUAAUUAAAGAAAAACUCACUGCUGACCCAGAUAGCGAAAUUGCCACAACCAGCCUUCGGGUAUCGCUGAUGUGUCCUCUGGGGAAAAUGAGGUUGACGAUUCCCUGCCGAGCGGUUACCUGUACUCACCUGCAGUGUUUUGACGCUGCCCUCUAUCUCCAAAUGAACGAGAAGAAACCCACGUGGAUCUGUCCUGUGUGUGACAAGAAAGCUGCUUACGAGAGUCUCAUAUUAGACGGGCUCUUUAUGGAAAUCCUAAGCGAAUGUUCAGACAUCGAUGAGAUCAAAUUCCAGGAGGACGGAACCUGGUGUCCCAUGAGGCCAAAGAAGGAGUCUGUGAAAGUUGCUGGCCCACAAUGCACGAAAAUAGAAAGCUCCGGCGUUGUCGGCAAGCCGUGCUCCACGCCAGUGACCAGCAGCGAUGCCGGCAAGAAGAAAGUGGACGUCAUCGACCUCACCGUCGAGAGCUCCUCCGACGAGGAAGACGAUAUGCCUUCCAAAAGGAAAUGCAUCUAUAUGUCCGAAAUGCAAGCAAGUCCCACCAAAGGGGUGCUCAUGUACCAGCCGUCUUCUGUGCGAGUCCCUGGGGUGAACACAGUGGAUCCGGCUGCUAUUCCACCGUCAUUAACUGACUACUCUGUACCAUUCCACCACCCACCAAUAUCAAGUAUCUCAUCAGACUUGCCUGGUCUGGAUUUUCUUUCCUUAAUCCCAGUUGAUCCGCAGAGGGAGACGUUUUCUAAAGGGACCCGUGAGGCUACAGCCAGAGCUACCAGCUCCCCCCCAGGAAGCCAGCAGGAUGACCCGAAGCCCAGAGCUACCGCUUUCUCCCCGGAAAGACGACGGGCCAACCCAAAGCCCAGAGAUACCUCUUUCUCCCCGGAAAGACGACAGGCCAACCAAAAGCCCAGAGCUACCGCUUUUUCCCCAGAAAGACGACAGGCCAACCCGAAGCCCAGAGCUACCUCUUUCUCCCCGGAAAGACGACGGGCCAACCCGAAACCCACAGCAACCUCUUUCUCCCCGGAAAGACGACAGGCCAACCCAAAGCCCAGAGCUACCGCUUUUUCCCCAGAAAGACGACAGGCCAACCCGAAGCCCAGAGCUACCUCUUUCUCCCCGGAAAGACGACAGGCCAACCCGAAGCCCAGAGCUACCGCUUUCUCCCCGGAAAGACGACAGGCCAACCCGAAGCCCAGAGCUACCGCUUUUUCCCUGGAAAGACGACAGGCCAACCCGAAGCUCAGAGCUACCGCUUUUUCCCCGGAAAGACGACAGGCCAAACCGAAGCCCAGAGCUACCGCUUUCUCCCCGGAAAGACGACAGGCCAACCCGAAGCCCAGAGCUACCGCUUUUUCCCUGGAAAGACGACAGGCCAACCCGAAGACCGGAGCUACCUCUUUCUCCCCGGAAAGACGACAGGCCAACCCGAAGACGGGAGUCACCUCUUUCUCCCCAGAAAGACGACAGGCCAACCCAAAGCCCAGAGCUACCGCCUUCUCCCCGGAAAGACGGCAGGCCAGAGUCACCCAAUUCCCCCCAGGAAGCCGGCAGGUUGACCCAGGGUUGGAGAAGAUGGCCCCGGAACACAAGAAGUGGUGCCUGCAGAAGUGCAGCUGUUCAACCUCCCCACAGCGCGCCAGCUCCUCCACCAAUGUUUGCAACCAUUCCUGCAACCUGGGCUUAGUCGGCUCAGAGACUGCGGCGGUUGCCCGGACUUCCACCCUCAGGCAAGAUCAGAACAUCUCGGGGGGGAGCAGGGAAACAAUUGGGAAUCAGCCGCGUUUACUCCCGAGUAUACCCAUGACCUGGCAAGAGUUCUCCCCCAGCGAUUUUGCUCUUUUACUAAGGGAAUCAGUUCGGCAUGAGAGGGAACAGUAUCACCACGGCAGGGAAGACAGACCCAGGGCUCCCAAACCCCAGUCUCGUUCCAGAUCACGCUCACCCCUGCCUAGAUCCAGGGACAGAUCCAGUCAGCAGGAUCCACUCUCCCUUCCAGAUGAGGUUGCUGGGGAAGAGUAUGAGGGGCCUGACCAUUUCUCAGACUCCAGGUUCUUUAAACCGGAAGAUCUCUCCUACCUUAUCACAAAGACCAUCUCAGCUUUAAAUUUACAGGACCCUGCGGACGCUGAGGAUCCCUCGGGUCCCCGCUCAUCCUCCUCUAAGCCAAUUAAAGGUUGCCCCGAGGGUAAUGAGGCCCUUUCCCCCCAUGUAGAUGAUAACCAGCUAUGUUUCCCUCUCCCAGAGUUUUUUGAGAGAUGCAUUAGAAGGGAAUGGAAAUCCCCAGCGUCAAACAAAGGGGUUUCCCCCCUACUAAAAAAGCUUUACGCUGUCCCUCCGCAUGUGGACAGGAUGCUUCAAAUGCCUUUGGUGGAUGCCGCUGUGGUGGCCCUUCAGUCGGGAGGGCUCGGAUCCAAGGAUGGCAAGCUAAAGGAUUUCCAGGAUAGACAUUCAGACAAGGCUCUCAGGAGAGCGCACGAAUCGUUGGCCAUGGCCAUGAAGGCGCUCAUAUGCUCCUCCACCGUUGCCAGGGCAGUCCUCUUAUGGCUUCGCCAGCUCCUUGAUAUGGUCCACCCCAAGGAGCGGGGCAUCAGGGAGGGACUGGAUCUCGUUCUUAUCGGAGCCUCCUUUUUGGCCGACGCAACUUCCGAUGCCCUCGUCCUGUGUUCCCGUUCCAUGGCUUACUCGGUGGUUGCAAGACGCAGUCUAUGGCUCAGAGCCUGGCAGGCCGAUGCACACUCCAAAAUGGCGGUCGCAGGCUAUGACUUCCACGGCACCAUGCUGUUUGGCCGAGAUCUGGACCAAGUCCUUGUCGAAACAAAAGACAAGAAGAAAGUUAUGCCCAAAUUCGUCAGGUGUGAACGGAACCAGCCUCCAUCCAGAAGUACAUUCAGAUCCCAUAGGGCCCUGCCUAGGAUGCCCAGAGAUGGCAGACAUCCACCCUGGCAGCAGCAGGAAUCCCUGCGGAGGCGUGGGACUUUUAGUCCCUUCAGGAAGCCCAAAAAGUUUCCCAGGACGGACAAGACCUCCAGACAAUGAGUACAAAGGGAUACUGGUCAGGGGUCGCCUUCUCCACUUCUGAGACCAGUGAGAGGUAGACCAGAGAGGUCGUGACCAACGGUUACAUGAUAGAAUUUGCUCAUCUUCCCAAACACCGGUUCCUCCCGUCCCCGAUAAACAACAGACCCAACAAGGUGCCACAAACCGCCUCAGCGAUUCAAGACCUUCUGGAGAUCUGGGCGAUAGAACCUGUCCCCACAGCAGAGAGAUUCUUGGGUUUACACUCACUUCUCCACAGUACCAAAAGAGGAACGCCAGCAUCCUGGAGACUCUUGAAAGCGGUCUUCCAAAUCCAACCACCACAGACCGAUAGGUUUCCAUCUUGGUGACUUCAUUCUGUCCUCUCAGCCUUGACGUGUUCCCCCCUUCGAACCUCUCCAAUUUAUUUGUUUAUGUUGGCUUAGGAUGAAAAUCCUUUUCCUAGUGGCCAUUACAUCAGCCAGAUGGGUUUUCGAACUCAGUAAACUCGAACCUAUGUGUUUUUCACAAGGACGGGGUUGUGCUGCAAACCGAUUUUACGGUUAGACCCAAGGCCAGUUCGUCACUCCAACUCCGACAGGAGAUUGUUCUUCGUACCUUCUAUCCCAAUCCUUCGCGACCAGGUGAAAGACUCUGGAAUAACUUGGACAUUUGUCAUUCCCUUGAAGCCUUCAUUCUCAGAACAGAGGAGAUAUGGAAAACCCACAGUCUCUUCGUUAAUGUCGCUCCACCUUAAUGUCUACGGUGACAGUUAGCACUACACUGAAAGCCUGCAUCAUCGAGGCCCACAAGGCAGCUAAUCUACCUGCUCCUCCUGGCAUUAUGGUACAUUCGAUACAUAGCACAACUACUACUAAUGCCCCUCCUGGCAUUAUGGUACAUUCGAUACUUAGCACAACUACUACUAAUGCAGCCUUCAGAAAACACGCCAUGGUAGAAGAGGUCUGCAAGGCAGCUAUAUGGUCAUCAACGUCCUCAUUUGUUAAAUACUACAAACCACAGACUUGGGUGGAAGCUUAGACGGCCUUUGGU